AUGGUGCACAUUACCGUGCCGGACUGGGUCGUGCACAAGCCGGAUGAGCGCACGAAGCGCACGACGAUCUACAGCGUGAGUGUGCAUCCAGACGGCACGCGCAUCGCUACGGGUGGACUCGAUACCAAGAUUCGGAUAUGGGCCACGGCACCGAUUCUCGAUGAGGACGCGCGUGAGCCGCGGCACCUGUGCACGCUGGCACGCCACACGGGCGCAGUGUUGGCUGUGCGCUUCUCGCACUCGGGACGCUACCUUGUGUCUGGCUCCGAUGACACGGUUGCUGUGGUGUGGGAGCUAGACGAGUCGGCGGCCCCGACGUCGUUUGGGUCCUCGGAGCCAGCCCUCGAGCACUGGCGCAUGCAUCGCCGGCUGCCAGGACACACCUCGGACGUCACCGACAUUUCCUGGAGCGAGUCAGAUACGUACCUCGCGACCGUCGGUCUCGACUCGCUCGUGAUCAUCUGGUCCGGCGACACGUUCGACCGGGUGCGGACCAUCCGUGGACACCAUGGCUUUGUGAAGGGCGUCGCCUUUGACCCGACCGAGCUGUUCCUCGCUACGAGCAGUGAUGACCGCACAGUCAAGGUAUGGCGCACGCACGACUGGGGGCUCGAGGCGUCGAUCUCAGACCCGUUUCGCAGCAGUCCCAGCAGCACCUUUUUCCACCGCCUGUCGUGGACACCGGACGGCAAAUUCUUGCUCACGGCGAAUGCGAUGAAUGGCCCCGUGUUUGUGUCGAGCAUUGUCGAGCGGUACACGUGGGCCUCCGACCUGGCCCUUGUGGGACACGAGCAUGCCGUGUCGGUAGCCGCCUGCAGUCCCCAGUGGUUCCAGCGCGGCGACCAGCCGCCUGUGUCGGUCGUCGCCCUCGGCGCACAGGACCAGACUGUAUCUGUAUGGGUCACAGGCAUCCCCCGGCCCCUCCUGGUCGCGCGCGACUUGUUCGAGCGGCAUGUCAUGGACAUGCAGUGGUCCGCGGAUGGCUACACGCUCUAUGCGUGCUCGUCGGACGGCACCGUCGCCGCCCUCGCCUUUGACGCCUCCGAUCUCGCACCCGUCGCCCCCGACGAUGUCCUCGCGACAGCUCGACGACAGCUCGGCGCCGUGCCUCGCGCUCGUCCCGCCGUGCGACAAGCUCCCCCGCAACGCCCCCUCGCUCCCCCGAUCCUCCAUGCCCAUCCUCCGCAGCGCCUCGUCCAGACCAUCACCCGGGAUCAGCAUGGAAAACGACGGAUUUGUCCUACGCCCGUAGGCGCCUCGCCAGCCGUCACGACGACGAUGCCCAACAUACCCACCGAGCCACCGACGCUCGUUUCGUGGCCGCGGCCGGAUCCGCGGACGCGCUUCUUUGAUACCCACCGCACGCCGCUGGAGCCCGCCCACCCGCUCGACGUCGACCUCGAUGACGAGCAAGUGAUGGACGACAUCUCCGUGGCAUCGUCCCAGACAUACACGCAGGACGGCAUCGAGGGCGUCCUCGAAGUACGCAAUGACGCGCACUCUGCAGAGAUCGCAUGGGUCGCGCAUGAGCGGGUCCACUGGGUCGAUUAUGCUCCGUGCGCCGUUCUGUGUGCCGCUGUCAGCUCGUGUGUCGUGUGUGUGGCCCUUUGUGAUCAUACGCUCGUGUGGUACACGCACCACGGCCGACGUACGGCGUCGAUGAUGCUCGGCGUGCCGACCGUCAAGCUCGCUGCCUGUGGUCCGUACGUGGCGGCCCUCGGCCGCGACGCCCGUGUCCGCCGGUGGCAUACUCAGCAGCGCGUGGCACUCGGCGACGUGCCUCUCCCGCGCGACUCUGUGGCGGCUAUGUACGUCCACACCAACGGCGUGCCCGUCGCCGUCCUCCGUCGGCGGCAGUGCAUCGUCGCUCUCGAUACCAAGACACAGGCGUUCGUGUGCAUUGGCCACGCCGCCCUCGCACGCCUAAGCACGUCUUGGGACGUGCGACUCCGCCAAGGCGCGCAUGCGCCCGUGCGGCACGCCGAGUGCGUGCUGAACGAUGCGCUGGCCACACAGACGAUGGAGCCUGAGCGUGGUGUGACGCCCGUGCGAGUGCUGACAGCCACGAUACGGCACCUUGAAAUGCGCAUGCAAGCAGCCGAACUGCUCGAAAGCGCAGGAGAGUACCGCGAGGCACUGCAUGCGCUCGCCACGGUACUCGCCACGGAAGGUCUGGCCCUGCAGGCCGACGACUUGCUGCGCUCGCUGCUUGGGCCGAUGUACUAUCGCCCCGAUGCCCCGGCAUGGGAUCCGUGCGUACUCGGCAUGCCGAAGCGCGAGCUCCUUGCCUCCGUGCUCACGACCAUGCAACAGCACCGCCGACUCGACACGCUCGUGCACGGCGUCCAACACGUGCUGCGCACUCUCGCAUCCGAUGCCACAUAA